AUGGCGGAGCCCGCGAAGCCCGACGACCCCGCCUACGCCUCGGUCGCGCAGGCGCCCGACAACGGGGCGCCGGAGUCGCCGACCCCGGCCAAGGCCGAGCCCGUGGACGUCAUGAUGCCCGCCCUCAUUGCCGACGACAUCACCCUCACGGAGACCUUCGACGACAACGGCGACCACCACGACCACGGGGCCCGCGAGGCGAAGAGCGCGAUGACCAAGGACGAGCGGGAGAAGGUCCUCGCGCGCCUCACGGAGCGCAUCGGCCCGAGCGCGUCCGACUGGGAGAAGGUGCUCGCGCGGCUCGCCGCGCUCGAGGCGCGGGCCAAGAGCGACGACGACGACUCGUCGAAGAAAUCCGACGACUGCGACGAGAUGCUCGAGGAGCUCGAGGACGAGCUCACGUCCUUCAACACCGCGUGCAUCUCCGCGCUGUGCACUCCCGGCACGACGGACGCGAAGCCCCGGUCGUCGCUGAUCCUCCAGACGUUCUGCGCCAUCCUCACGAGCAUGGUGCUCAACGUGCUCACGGCCUCCGUCCAGGACCAGGUCACGCAGGUCGUCGAGUGGGAGGACGACCUCGUCUUCGGCUGGGGCUCGACGAAGACGCGCCACAAGACGUACUGGGCCUUCGUCUACGACACGCUCGUCUUCGACGUGCCCCUGGGCACGGUCCUCGUGUCGGGCGUCGCGUCGCUCGUCAUCUCGCUGGACCUGCGGGGCGCGUUCCGCGAGUGCAUGCUCAACCACCUGCUGCUGAACAUGUGCCGGCCCGUCGUGACGGGCAACAAGGACGCCGAGCCCGUGGCCAUGUGGCGCUGGCUCGUCGCCCAGCUGCUGGACAAGAGCGUGCGCGUCUUCAACAUCUCCUACGUGUCCGCGGCCAUCUUCCUCAUCGGCACGUCCGACGGCACCGUGGACCUCGUGCUCAACUGCACGGCGCUCAACUUCCUGCUGAGCGUCGACAACCUGCUCGGCGAGACCUUCGCGCUCUUCUCGCGCAAGGCCUUCGGCCUGGACGACGACAGCGACGAUUUCAUCGAGGGCAUCCCCUCGCAAGCCAACCUGCGCGAGAUGUGCCGCAUGAUCCGCGUCGAGCCCAUCGCCCAGAAGAACUUCUCCAUCGGCUGCUGGUGCAACUUCACGGCGUCCUUCGUCAUCCAGCUCGUCUGCAUCUGGCUCAUGCAGAAGAAGUCGUCCUACGGCGACGUCUUCGAGUACCACGAGGACGGGCCGCUCAACGCGCUCGGCAUCUCCUCCGACGCCAACUACAUCUCCAAGGUCGUGCGCGCGUCGCUCAUCGCCCUCGUCAUCGUCUUCACCUUCACGGACACGGUCAUCAUCGGCUCCGUGCUGAGCCACGGCCAGUCCAUGGCCGCGCGCGUCCGCAUCGCCGCCAUGAACUUCACGACGGAGGCCGUCGUCCUCUACGUCGCCUUCACCUUCCUCCACCACACGCUCAUCAUCGAGCAGAUCAUGAAGUGGCGCAUGGACCACACGCUCAAGGACUGCUACGACGAGUACGGCGACGACUGCAAGUACCGCGCGCGCGGCUACGGCGGCAUGGCGCCCAACUAG